AUGCGCCUGCCUUCUCUCAGGCAUGGCACUCUCAGGCAUGGCAUCAAGAACAUUAACUCUCCCGGGCGCGGAUUGAGUCCAUUUCAAUAUGUGACCCUUCUCUCGCGUCCAUCCGGCUCUCGCUGGUUGAGCAAGGCGACGAAACUCCCCGAACAACCGGCCAGAACCCGAUUCGCACCCUCCCCGACCGGAUACCUUCACCUUGGGUCUCUCCGGACCGCGCUCUUCAAUUACCUCCUGGCCCGCCGAACCGGCGGGCAAUUUCUCCUUCGAAUCGAGGACACGGACCAGAAACGGACGGUGCCAGAUGCAGAGGAAAAGUUAUUCAAAGAUCUACGGUGGGCUGGGUUGGAAUGGGAUGAAGGUCCCGAAGUAGGAGGACCGUAUGGCCCCUACCGACAAUCCGAGCGGACAGCGCUCUACCAGUUGCAUGCCGGGCAACUCCUAGAGACCGGACACGCGUACCGAUGCUUCUGCACGCAGGAACGGCUUCAGGAACUCGCAGAGGAGCGACACAAACUCGGACUCCCGACCGACUACGACCGUCGAUGCUUCCACAUGAGCAAAGAAGAAUCGAAUGCGAAAGCAGCGGAUGCGCAACCCCAUGUUAUCCGCCUUCUCUCCCCGCCGAAGUACCCGUCCUUCAUCGAUCUAGUGUAUGGAAAAGUACCAAAGGGGGCCACCCUGAAACGUACGGUCGACGACGCCUUCGACGAUCCCAUUCUUUUGAAGUCGGACGGAUUGCCGACAUACCACCUUGCGAAUGUGGUAGACGAUCACCACAUGGAAAUCACCCAUGUCGUCCGAGGGUCCGAGUGGCUGAUCGCAACCCCGAAACACAUCGCGAUGUACGAGGCUUUUGGCUGGAAACCACCGGCGUUUGCCCACGUAGGCUUGCUGGUUGACGAGGAGGGGAACAAACUAAGCAAAAGAAAGUUGGACAUUGACAUUGCGUCUUACCGGGACAAAGGCGUCUUGCCCGAUGCACUCGUGAACUUUGUAGCUCUGCUUGGGUGGUCGCAUAAUAUGGGCAAGGACUUUUGCACCGUGGAAAGACUACAAGAGCUUUUCCGACCGAAAUUCACGAAGGGCAAUACAACUGUAGAUAUCAGGAAGCUUUGGUUCCUUCAAUCUAAGCAUGCUGCCAACAUUACUGAGGAGAGUGGCCAGCCAUUUGCCGACCUUGUUCGCCAAGUUGAAGAGGUCGUUGUGAAGGAAUACAAUGUCGCGGACAGAUCCCAUACCCUGCAGGAUACACUAUUGCCAACAUACAUAUCCAGCAUCCUCAAAGCGGAUGCGAGGAAUUAUUCCACCCCAGAGGAGUUCGUGAAACGCGUCGAAUUCUUCUUCCGACCCCAGCACUAUCCCCCAAUCUUCGACGGUUACCAGAAAUCCAACGUAGCCGUGGACACGCUGGCAUCCGCCUGCCGUCAAAUUCUCCAAGCAUCGCCCUGGACGAAAGAGGGUAUCCAGAAGGAAAUUCUGACCACCGUGGCCCAAUUAGAGAAGAGCAUCGCCUCUGAAGCGUCUGAGAAACACUCCCAUCGAGCCGUGAGUGCCGAUGUGCACCAUUUUCUCCGCGGUGUUAUUCUUGGUGGCCGAGCAGGACCGACGGUGGCCGAAUCCAUGGAGAUCUUGGGGAAGGCGUUUUGCGCGGCACGAUUCUCCGAAUUCCAAGCCGCUCGCCCCGCAACGGCGGAGGAUGGUACUGUUUCCUCUGCGGCUGGGUGA